AUGACAAGUCCAACUGAUUUAUCACAAUUGUAUAUUUUAUUAUCUUACGAAAAGCUACAACGUUCUACAAUAAGUCAACGUCAGCGACCUAUCGAAGCUUCAUUACGAAAUCGUUUAUUAGUAUGGCGUUUUUUAAAAAAAAUUGAAAAUGAACCAGUAUCACCUAUAAAUAAUUCCGAACAGCACUUAUUGACAAAUACAGAUCCUAAUAAUAGUUCAUGGAUACUUGAUUUAGAAGAAAAUUGUGUUGAUAAUGAAGAUCAGAUUGAUAUGGAUAUUGAUUCUGAUAUUGUAACUGUUGUAAGUACUAAUGAAACAAAUAAUUCAACAUGUGACACAAUGGAUAUUGAACAAGAAACCGAUGUAACAUUAUUAUUAAAACGUGCAAUUGGUGCUGAACGAAGACAAAAAACUCCAUCAACUGAAAAUCCAAUUUUAAAUGAAAACAAUAAGAAUCUAUCUGAAACAACCACCACAACAGCCACAACGCUUGAAGAAACAGAACAAUUUUUUCAUGAUCUAUGUGCUGAAUUAACGAAUACAACAGCAGCAAUCGUUUCAUCAACAUCAUCUACGAAUUCAUUGAGAUGUUCAUCACCACCUGAACAAGCACUUAUUCACUAA